AUGAUACAGAAUGACACCAACUCUUUCCAGAUCAAGACCGGCAAGAUGGUGGCGGACGCGCAGGUUUCAGACACGCUGAAGAAGUUUGCUGUGAAAGUGACCACAUCAAGUGUUAAAGAGCGCAGGGAGGUCUUUGGAGAGCUGAAGGAAUGCAUCAGCGGAAAGAGCCUGCCUGAGCCGGCCAUCAAAGGCCUGUGUAAGCUCUUUUGCCUCACCCUCCAUAGAUACAGGGACGCGCCCUCGCGCCAGGCUGUGAUGUCCGUCAUCGACCUGCUCGUCCAGUCGCAGCCCGAUGCCGUUGCCGCUUACCUGCCUCCAGGCCUUCUCUGUUGCGGCGUCGUCAGCAAAGGGGUGGCGCCCGGGAAGAGCUCAGCAUCGGGCGCCUGCUGUGCCCUCUUGUGGACGUGCUUGGUAGCGCGCAAGGCCUUCCCCAGCACGGAGAAGAGAGAGGGGCCGCACUGGAAAAAACUCGUGGAGGUGCAGAGUCUGCUCCACGCCGAGGUGGUGGGCGGAGCAUCGCGGAACGCCAUCAAGUCCGUCACCAAGAGGCUCAACAAGCUGUGGAAAGACAGUCCGUGCCUGGUGGAUCAGUACAUGGCUACCCUGCUGAGUCUGGAGCCCAACCCCUCAUCCAUGCCGCUGCUGGCCGCCUGUGUGGACGCGGCUGCCACCCAGAGGGACUUGGCCACCAUCGACAAGCACAAGGCGGCCCUGCUGGACCUGUACACGAAGACCGUCCUGAUGAGCAAGACCCGGCCGCAGCAGCACAUCCUGGACAGAAGUGGGCCGCUGCUCCGCCACGUGACCCAUGCUGAGUUUAAGGAGCUGCUCCUGCCCACGCUGCAGAAAGCCCUGCUGCGCAGCCCGGAGAACUGCAUCCAGACCAUCUCCUCCAUGCUAGACCAGCUCACUCUCGACCUCAGCCAGUAUGCUAUGGACAUUGGGAAAGGCCUGGCCAGCCAGCUGAAGGCCAGUAAUGCCGAGCUGAUGGAACAGGCUGUGCAGGCUGUGCAGAAUUUGGCCCAGCAGUGCAGCGACCCGAGUGCUGUCCACGACCUGGUGAAACAUCUCUUCAGCAUCCUCACAGGCUCGGAGGGGAAGCUCACUGCUGUCGCCCAGAAAAUGAACGUCCUGUCAGGUCUCGGGGGCUGCAGUCAUCAUGCUGUCUCCGGACCCUCCGGUCAGGCCCUCAGCUCCAGCGUGGCCGUGCUCUUCAUACCCCUCCUGCAGCAGGAAGUCCACGAGGGAACCCUGGUGCAUGCCGUGGCAGUGAUGUCUCGCUGGACAACACGUCUGACUGUGGACGUGCCGGCAGCUCUUAGAGACUGGCUAAAGAAAGCCUUCACGCUGAAGACGUCCACCUCACCUGUACGCCACACGUACCUGCAGGCCAUGCUCGGAGUCUUCAAAGGGGACGCCCUCAGUCAGGCCGUGGACUUCGUCCCUCUCCUCGUCCAGGUGGUGGAGAAGGCGGCGGCACAGAGCUCCCAGCAUGCCCUGCUCACAGAGGGCGUGGCAGCUUCGCUGCUGCUGGCGCGCCUCUCCACGCUCAACUCGCUUCCCGAAGCUAAGCUCGCCUCCUUUUGGAACCUGAUCCUGGAUGAGAAGAAGCCGCUCUUCACCACGGAGAAGUUCCUCUCCCAGGCCAGCGAGGAAGCGCUGUGCACAGUCCUGCAGCUCUGUGAGAGACUGUUCCUGGAUCAGCCGCACAGACUCAACAACAGCAAGGCCCAGAUGUACCAUCGUGCCCUGGCGUCCGUGCUCCUGUGUCGGGUGUGGCGGGUACGGAAGUGUGCCCAACAAAGCGUGAAGAAGCUUCUGUCCUCGCUGGGCGGCUCCGGCCUGGCCCACGGCCUGCUGGGAGAACUACGUGUCCUCAUUAACAAACACACAGUCCUGCCCCUCGAGGCGCUCCAGACCGAGGCCGGGGAGACGAGCGAGCUCGGCCGCACGUACGUCCCCCCGCGGGUCCUUCUGGAAGCCCUGUGCACGAUCUGCUCUGCGGCUGGCCAGUGGGGCGACCCCGCCGAAGCCAAGAAACUGGCGCUUGACCUCCUCGUUGUCAGCCACCACCCUUCCAUAGCUGCAGUGGCUGCCAGGAGAGAUCUUUGGCCCGUGCUGCUGGCCAGCAUGAAGAUCGACGCGGCUGAGUUUAUCGACAGCCACCUGAAGCGCAUCCUGCCUCUACUGCUGGAGGGAAACGCUGACACGCAGGCCGUGCGGAACGCCGUCGGCGAGCUGUCCGCGCUGUCUCCCGAUAAGCUGCUGCCGCACGUGAUGGAGCACGUGACGCGGGCGCUGUCCAACCCGGCACUGGGGAGGGUGAUGCAGCAGGAGUACGCCAUCUUGCACACGCCGGAGGGGGAGCUGUACGACAAGAGCAUCAUCAUGAGUGCCCAGCAGGAGAGCGGCAAGAAAGGCAACAUGAAGAGGGAGAACAAGGCUUACUCCUUUAAAGAGCAGAUCAUCGAGCUGGAGCUGCAGGAGGAAAUGAAGAAGAAGAAAGGCAUCAAAGAGCAGGUGCAGCUGACCAGCAAGCAGAGGGAGAUGAUGCAGAACCAGCUGGAGAAGGAGUCGGCCGUCCGCACAAGACUGCAGGGGUUGGACAUGGAUCUGCGGCAUGCCGUCGGACUGUUGGAGGCCAUCAUGGCCCGUCGGCCUCCUCGGGUCUCGCACCACCUGCCCGGGGUCCUGCAGGCGCUGCUGCCACUGCUCCGUUCCCCACUGGCAGCCCCGCGCGUUCAUGCCGCCUUCCUUCGCACCGGUACCUGCCUCCUGCCCGAGGAGCUGCACCGCCUGGCCAUUCUGGUGGGUCAUGUGACCCUGCGCCUGCUGAAGCCGGAGUGUGAGCUGGACCCAGCGUGGGCCCAGGAGGACCUGGACACAGCCACCCAGCGUACUGUCUUCCUGCUGCACACACAUACGGUGCCACAGAGAGAGGGCAAGGCUGACGUGCGUCCGCUGUCGGCGCCGGCCUUCUCUUUCUGCUUCCCGCUGCUGCAGGCCGUCCUCCAGCAGGGCGGCGCCGGCGCCGCAGACGAGCGAGAUCUGCUGGCCACCCGUGCCCUGCAGACGAUCCUCGCCCACGCCGGGCUCCGAUCCAGCUCCGCCCCCGAUGCGCCCAUCGACGAGGGCGGGCCCGAGCUCCUGCCCCGCGCGGACAUGCUGCGUCUCCUCACCAGGGUGAUCGGCACAGCCGCGCCGCGCCUACAGGUGCUGGCGGCCGACUGUCUCACGGCUGUGUGCGCGAGCGCGGGGGGGCAGGACGGCUGCGCUCUGGCGGAGCAGGCGGAGGUGGAUGUGUUGCUGGGGGCUUUGCUCUCGCCCUGCUUCUCAGUCAGAGACGCCGCGCUCAGGGGCCUGCUGGAAAUGGAGCUGGCCCUGCCCACAGACAGCUGCGAACCGGCAGGCCUCAACGUGCUGCGUAGACUGUGGGUCGCCAAGUUCGACGUGCAGGAGGAGGGCCGAGUGCUGGCCGGCAGGCUGUGGCAAGCUCUGUGUCUGGAGCUGGUCCCCGAGCUGUGUGUGCUGCUCAUCGGAGACGUGACGCACCACGAGGAGUCAGUGCGGGCGGCGGUGGCAGAGGCUCUGGCCAGCGCGGUGGGCCGGUACCCCCAGCAGUCCCCCGACGUCCUGGCCCGCCUCACCGAGCUCUACCAGCAGAAGCUCUACCGCCCGCCGCCAGUCCUGGAUGCCCUGGGUCGAGUCAUCUCUGAAGCGCCGCCCGACCAGUGGGAAGCCAGGUGUGGCAUCGCGCUGGCCCUGAGCAAGCUGGCCGAGUACCUGGACGAGAGCCAGGUCACGCCCGUCUUCCUGUUCUUCGUGCCGGACGCGCUGAACGACCGGCACGAGGACGUGCGGCGCGCCAUGCUGGAUGCUGCGCUCUCCGUCCUCAACGCCCAUGGCAAGGACAACGUGAACUCCCUGCUGCCCGUGUUCGAGGAGUUCUUGAGGAGUGCUCCCCAGGACGCCAGCUACGACUCGGUGCGCCAGAGCGUGGUCAUCCUCAUGGGCUCGCUCGCCAAGCACCUGGACAAGAGCGACCCCAAGGUCAAGCCCAUCGUAGCCAAGCUCAUCACGGCGCUGUCCACCCCGUCCCAGCAGGUCCAGGAGUCCGUGGCGGGCUGCCUGCCCCCGCUGGUGCCAGCCAUAAAGGAGGACGCGGGCGACAUGGUGCGCAAGCUGCUACAGCUGCUCCUGGACAGCGAUAAGUACGCCGAGCGCAAGGGCGCCGCCUACGGCCUGGCCGGCCUGGUCAAAGGUCUGGGCAUCCUGUCACUGAAGCAACAGGACAUCAUGACCACACUGACCGACGCCAUCCAGGACAAGAAGAACUCCCGCCGCCGAGAGGGUGCGCUGUUCGCCUUCGAGAUGCUGUGCAACAUGCUGGGGAAGCUGUUCGAGCCGUACGUGGUCCACGUGCUGCCCCACCUGCUGCUCUGCUUCGGGGACGGGAACCAGUACGUGCGGGAGGCAGCAGAUGACUGCGCCAAGGCCGUCAUGCGGAACCUCAGUGCCCACGGCGUGAAGCUGGUGCUGCCAUCUCUCCUCGUGGCUCUGGAGGAAGAGUCCUGGAGGACCAAAGCAGGCUCCGUGGAGCUGCUGGGAGCCAUGGCCUUCUGUGCACCCAAGCAGCUGUCUUCCUGCCUGCCCAGCAUCGUGCCCAAGCUCACCGAGGUGCUCACCGACUCGCAUGUGAAGGUGCAGCGGGCCGGCCAGCAAGCACUGCGCCAGAUCGGCUCCGUCAUCCGCAACCCCGAGAUCCAAGCCAUCACCCCGGUCCUCCUGGACGCGCUGACGGACCCGUCGCACCGAACGCAGCACUGUCUGCAGACGCUGCUGGACACCAAGUUCGUGCACUUCAUCGACGCGCCGUCGCUGGCCCUCAUCAUGCCCAUCGUGCAGCGCGCCUUCCAGGACCGCUCCACCGACACGCGCAAGAUGGCCGCCCAGAUCAUCGGCAACAUGUACUCGCUCACCGACCAGAAGGACCUGUCCCCGUACCUGCCCAGCGUGAUCCCAGGACUCAAAGCAUCCCUGCUGGACCCGGUACCCGAGGUGCGAACGGUGUCAGCCAAGGCCCUGGGCGCCAUGGUGAAGGGUAUGGGUGAGUCCUGCUUCGACGACCUGCUGCCCUGGCUCAUGGACACCCUGGCGUCCGAGCAGAGCUCCGUGGACCGCUCCGGCGCAGCCCAGGGUCUGGCUGAGGUCAUGGCUGGGCUGGGUGUGGAGAAGCUGGACAAGCUGAUGCCCGACGUGGUGCAGACGGCCAGCAAGGUGGACAUCGCCUCCCACGUCCGCGACGGCUACAUCAUGAUGUUCAUCUACCUGCCCCUGACCUUCGGAGAGAAGUUCACCCCCUACGUGGGGCCCAUCAUCCCCUGUAUCCUCAAGGCCCUGGCCGACGAGAAUGAGUACGUGCGGGACACAGCCCUGAGGGCGGGCCAGCGCAUCAUCAGCAUGUACGCGGAGACGGCCAUCGCCCUACUGCUUCCCGAGCUGGAGCAAGGCUUGUUCCACGACCUGUGGAGGAUCAGGUUCAGUUCGGUGCAGUUGCUAGGAGACCUGCUCUUCCACAUCUCCGGCGUUUCGGGCAAGAUGACAACGGAGACCGCGUCCGAGGACGACAACUUCGGCACGGCACAAUCCAACAAGGCCAUCAUCGGGGCGCUGGGGGCGGAGCGGAGGAACCGCGUGCUCUCGGGCCUCUACAUGGGCCGCUCGGACACGCAGCUGGUCGUACGGCAGGCCUCGCUGCACGUGUGGAAGAUUGUGGUGUCCAACACGCCGCGCACCCUGCGGGAGAUCCUGCCCACGCUCUUCACCCUGCUGCUGGGAUUCCUGGCGUCCACCUGCCCAGACAAAAGAACGAUUGCGGCGCGCACUCUGGGGGACCUGGUGAGGAAGCUGGGUGAGAAGAUCCUUCCAGAGAUCAUCCCCAUCCUGGAGGACGGCCUGCGCUCGGAGAAGAGUGACGAGAGGCAGGGCGUGUGCAUCGGCCUCAGCGAGAUCAUGAAAUCCACCAGCAAGGACGCCGUGCUGGUGUUCUCCGAGUCUCUGGUGCCCACGGUGCGCAAAGCUCUAUGUGACCCCCUGGAGGAGGUGCGCGAGGCCGCCGCGAAGACCUUCGAGCAGCUCCACGCCACCAUCGGGCACCAGGCGCUGGACGACAUCCUUCCGGCCCUGCUCAGACAGCUGGAGGACGAGGAGACGGCCGAGUUCGCGCUGGACGGUCUGAAGCAGGUUAUGGCUGUGAAGAGCCGAUCAGUGCUGCCGUACUUAGUGCCUAAGCUGACGGCUCCUCCGGCGAACACGCGGGUGCUGGCCUUCCUGUCGUCGGUGACGGGCGAUGCCCUGACGCGCCACCUGGGGGUCAUCCUCCCCGCGCUGCUCUUGGCUCUCAAAGACAAGCUGGGCACAGAGGAGGGGCCGCAGGAGCUGAGCAGCUGCCAGACGGUGAUCCUGUCCGUGGAGGACGAGGCGGGCCAGCGCAUCAUCAUCGAGGACCUGCUGGAGGCCACGCGCGGCGCCGACGCAGGCCUGCGGGAGGCAUCGGUCACCAUCCUCAACGCCUACUUCUCCCGCACGCGCCUGGACUACAGCGCGCACACGCGCGCCCUCCUGUCCGGCCUCGUGCGCCUGCUGAACGACCCCAGUGCCGAGGUGCUCACCCAGAGCUGGGACACCAUCAACUCCAUCACCAAGAAGCUGGACGCUGCCAGCCAGCUGGCCCUGAUCGAUGACCUGCACAGAGACAUCCGCUCGGCCGCCACCGAGGUCAAGGGCGAUCACCUUCCCGGCUUCUGUCUGCCCAAGAAGGGCGUGACGUGCAUCCUGCCCGUCCUGAGGGAGGGGCUCUUGACGGGAAGUCCGGAACAGAAGGAGGAGGCGGCGCGGGCGCUGGGCGCCGUCAUCAGGCUGACCUCAGCCGAGGCGCUCCGACCCUCCGUGGUCAACAUCACGGGGCCGCUUAUCCGCAUCCUGGGAGACCGCUUCACGUGGACCGUGAAGACGGCCCUGCUGGAAACACUCACCCUGCUGCUGCGCAAGGUGGGCAUCGUCCUGAAGCCCUUCCUGCCCCAGCUGCAGACCACCUUCCUGAAGGCGCUGCAGGACUCGAGCCGUGGCGUGCGGCUGCGUGCGGCCGAGGCGCUGGGCCAGCUGGUUGCCAUCCACACCAAGGUGGACCCCCUCUUCGCCGAGCAGCUCUCGGCCAUCCGCAACGCCGACGACUCGGGCGUCAGGGAGACUAUGCUGCAGGCCUUGCGCUUCGUUAUUCAAGGUGCAGGGGCAAAGGUCGACGCUGGUAUCAGGAAGAACAUCACCACCACGCUGCUAGGCAUGCUGGGACACGACGAGGACGCCACACGGAUGGCUUCUGCUGGGUGUGUUGGUGUGCUUUGUGCCUUCCUGUCUGAAGAGGAGCUGAAGUCUGUCCUACAGCAGCAUGUCCUCGCGGACGUGUCGGGCGUGGACUGGAUGGUGCGCCAUGGUCGCAGCUUGGCCCUCGCCAUAGCAGUGAAGUCCGCCCCGGAGCAGAUGGCCUCCCCCGAGUACAGCGCCACCGUGCUGGAGGCCAUCUUGUCCAGCGCCACGGCAGACAGGAUUCCCAUAGCAUGCAGUGGUAUCAGAGCGAUGGGAUACCUCAUGAGGCACCAGCUGAGGUCAGGCGGAGGUGGCGCUGUGUCGCCGCGCGUCAGCGCUCAGUUCGUCAAGUGUCUGCAGAACCAGUCGAGCGAUAUCCGCCUGGUGGCGGAGCGCGUGCUGUGGUGGGUGUUCCGGGACGCAGACACCCCCGCCCUUGAGCCCGGCCUGGCCAAGCCCCUCGUCAAAGCCCUGCUGGACAACACCAAAGACAAGAACACCAGCGUCCGUGCCCAGAGCGAGCACACCCUGGUCAGCACGCUCCGCCUGAGGCAGGGCGACACGGACAUGCAGAACAUCAGUGCCAUUCUAGAUCUGGCCAGCAACGAGUUGCUGUCUGAGUGUUACCGCCGGUCACUGAAAAAGAUCUCGGGCCUGCCGGAUUCCAACGAAGAAAUCGACGACACCAUCCUCACGUGAUCUGCGCGUUGGGCCCGUGCCAGGGCGGCCGCGCAGUAUCUAGCGUUCUCAAAGAACAGCCUGUCGGGUACAAACACAUUUGCCUGCGUCUGCCGUCUAUAGAGAUGGAAUAACACACACACACACACACACACACACACACACACACACACACGCACGUCUGCAGCCUAGCUUACUACGACCGCGUUGCUUACCAAAAUCACCGUUCACCCCUGCACAUUUGGCAUCUGAAGUUAAAAAUGUUCAUUUCGCCUGUGACAUUAAUCAUGUUUUGAGUUUUCCAAAUAUACAAAUGGCAACUGUUGCAAAGAAAACAAAAAAUCGGGGUUUGUGCCAAUUUUUGUUUGGUUGUAACGCCAUUCUUCUCCCAUUUUUGAUUUGGCUCGAGGAAGACGGGGUUAUCCGGCUCCUGCCUCAUACUGUCCUGUUUUCCACAGUGCGUGUGUCCGUAGAGAACAGGGGAGGGGGAAACUAAAGGAUGACACCGAUUUUUUAAAUCGGCUGCGUCCGUUGAUAUCGGUUGUAUAAAUAAAGUAAGAAAAUUAAAAAAAAAAACGAUUUAAUAAACUGAUUUGAAGAAGUCUUAA